AUGAUCAAUCAGACACAAGAGUUUCCUGAGUUUUUUUUUAUGUCAGUGUCUAAACCAGUGUCUCAACCAGUCUCUCAACCAGUGUCUCAACCAGUGUCUAAACCAGUGUCUCACCCAGUGUUUCAACCAUUGUCUAAACCAGUGUCUCAACCAGUGUCUAAACCAGUGUCUCGACCAGUCUCUCAACCAGUGUCUCAACCAGUGUCUAAACCAGUGUCUCACCCAGUGUUUCAACCAGUGUCUAAACCAGUGUCUCAACCAGUGUCUAAACCAGUGUCUCGACCAGUCUCUCAACCAGUGUCUCAACCAGUGUCUAAACCAGUGUCUAAACCAGUGUCUCGACCAGUCUCUCAACAAGUGUCUCAACCAGUGUCUCAACCAGUGUCUAAACCAGUGUCUAAAUCAGUGUCUCGACCAGUCUCUCAACCAGUGUCUCAACCAGUGUCUCAACCAAUGUCUCGACCAGUGUCUCUAUCAACCAGUGUCUCUAUCAACCAGUGUCUCUAUCAACCAGUGUCUCUAUCAACCAGUGUCUCAAUUAACCAGUGUCUCAACCCAGUGUCUCAAUCAACCAGUGUCUCUAUCAACCAGUGUCUCUAUCAACCAGUGUCUCAACCAGUGUCUCUAUCAACCAGUGUCUCAAUCAAUCAGUGUCUCAACCCAGUGUCUCAAUCAACCAGUGUCUCAAUCAACCAGUGUCUCAACCAGUGUCUCAAUCAACCAGUGUCUCAACCGAGGCUCUUGACACAUAUCCAAAAUGCUGGUCUGAAGGACUUGGUUGUGCAACACCACAAACUAUAUGCUGUUUGGUCAGUUAAUGAUAAACCGGUAAACCAUAAAUCACAAAACUACAAACCAGUUGAUGACAAACCAGUUAACGACAAACCAGUUGACGACAAACCAGUUAACUACAAACCAGUUGAUGACAAACCAGUUAACGACAAACCAGUUAACUACAAACCAGUUAACUACAAACCAGUUGACGACAAACCAGUUAACUACAAACCAGUUAACGACAAACCAGUUAACGACAAACCAGUUAACUACAAACCAGUUAACGACAAACCAGUUAACUACAAACCAGUUGACGACAAACCAGUUAACGACAAACCAGUUGAUGACAAACCAGUUGAUGACAAACCAGUUAACGACAAACCAGUUAAUGACAAACCAGUUAACGACAAACCACUUCACCGACACCAAAGUUUAAGUGCGCAAAGGGACAUCAUCAACUCCCAUUACCUGCGACGUAGUUGUGACAUUCGACCUAGACCCAUUCUCUCAUCAGCCAGCCGAGUUCUAAACCCGGGAGCUUCACCCAAACUCAAUCUGGUCACACGUGUAGACACCAUCAACUCUGAAACCAUCACCGGGGCAUCUUGCACUAAUGUCCCCUAUUACCCAACGCCCGUCCUCCAUCAUGGGGCGAAAUGA